AUGACUGACGCAGCCGUAGCUCCCGUUCACAAAUCACCCAAGAAGAAGACCUCAGCCAAGCCUAAGGUGCCAGCUGCUCACCCGAAAUAUGUAGAUAUGAUCAAGGCUGCAGUCGCUUCCUUGAAGGAAAGGGNCGGCUCCUCCAGACAAGCCAUUUUGAAGUACGUCAUGGCAAACUACAAAGUCGGCACAGACCUGAAAGCAGUUAACUCCAGAAUAAAGAACGCUUUGAAAAACGGCGUCAAAGCUGGUACCCUGAAGCAGUCGAAAGGCACUGGGGCUGCCGGUUCCUUCAAACUCGGUGAAAGCAAAAGCGAGAAACCCAGCAAGGUGAAAAAAGUCGCCGCCAAGAAGCCUGCUGCCAAGAAAGCCUCUACACCAAAGAAGCCAAAAGCCAAGAAAACUACCACCAAGAAGACAGCUACACCCAAAAAGACCAAAGUCGCCGGUGCCAAGAAGACAGCUGCCAAACCUAAAAAAGCUGCUCCCAAGAAGGUGAAAACGCCCAAAAAGGUUAAAACUGUCAAACCCAAAAAGGCUUCACCAAAAAAAAAGACCGCUGCUAAAAAGGCCUAA